AUGGCGGGCUUGGAGUCUUCGGCGCACUUCAAGGAUCGUGCACGAAAGUAUGGGCUGGCUGAGGAACUCAUCAGCGAGUUCACCAAGGCUGGGAUUGACACCUUUGGAAAGCUUGCCUUCAUUUGCGCCAUUCAGCCGAACUCGGGUGAUGACACGGCCCUACUUCAAGCCAUCAAGGGCCUGACGGGAAAGGAUGUGCAGAAGACCCCAGAUAGCCAGCCGAGGGAGAUGCCAAUGGCAGAGCGCCUCACGAGGUUGAAGCGCCAGCGGGACGAGCUUAAAGGUUUGGUUCUCGAUGUUCGAACCGAGCCUGGGCAUGCAUUGGUGGACAAGGUUCAAUCAAUGUUGGAUCAGGGCCUCAUUUCGCACAUCCCUCCCGAGAAGUGUGUCAGCAGGCAGGAUGAGAUCAUGGGGGUUAAGAGUGAGAAUCGGCUCCCCUUGGGCAGCGACGGCAACAUCAAGAUGACACAUCAGGCGAGUGACCUGAGGUGCGAUACUUCAGGGGAAAUACGCCUGCGCCAAUGCUUCCUCAGGAGAGCGCUAGCGUUUGAUCAAGUGGGGCUCGCUUCAUUCGUGCAACUUGAAGAGUGGAGCAACAAGAUGUUUCAGGCCCUGCUUGAGUCUCCGCCGGCUGGAUACCGAUAUGUGACUGUUCAGCAGAUCCUUUCCGCAGAUGCCAAGCUGUGGCAGAUCAUGUCUCAGGAGUCCCGAGGGAACAUCGCAGUUGGGGCAGGCUUGGACCCUCCUUUAGAUUCUCUUCUUAAGAAGCUUUGCUUGGAUCCACUUGUCAUUGCUUGCAUGACGCCUUUACCGGUGCCUGCCAACCAGCAUGCCCCUAGCUCUGCUUCAGCAGAUGGGCCAGGCAAGGGCCCGGGCAAGGGAAAUCCCAAGAAGACCGGCAAGGGAAAGACUGGAAAGGGGAAGCAGGCCGAGGGCGACUCGACUGCCAAUGUCUCCCUGAAGGAGCUGCUUGCAAGCCUUCCUCCAAACUGCGAGGCUAAGAAUGCUGAAGGGCGAUUCAUUUGCCCGUUCUACAACAAGGGCAUUUGCAGGGAUGGAGCGGGAGAGUCGCUGGCCUCCCUCGCGACUACCAUCCAUCCCAGCCAGCAAGCAGCGGCUCCCAGCGAGCCAAGUGAGGCGGUGGUUUUGUCAGCUUCGGCCUCUUCUCCUGAGGACUUUGCUCAGGCUUGCUUGGACAGUGUUGAUUUUUCCGAGUCCAAGGUUCUUGAGCUCUUUGAUCUUUUGCCAAAGGACACCAGUGACCGAGACGCCAACGGGGUUUCAUUUUCUGGAGGUGUCUACUGCCGAAUUAAGGUUGGCCUGAGGAAGGCUUGCCAUCUUUUCCCCAAGACACUUAAGGUGAUCAAUCAUUUUGCUUCAAAGGUCGUGCCAUCACAUCAUUACACCAGUUUUGUCAUUUUGGACCGCGUGUGCACCAAAGCGCAUGUUGACACUCAGAAUGCCUUCUUGCCAAAUGUGGUUGUGCCGCUCAGCUCGUUCGCUGGGGGAGACAUUUUGGUCAAGGCAAAGCAAACAGCACGCCUCCGAGUGAGCCAGGGGCCAGUCUCUUUCUGCGCGCGAGUGCAUGAGCACUCUACUUCAGAGGCUAAGGGUAGGAGGGUCGUGCUUGUUCUCUUCAGUUUGCUUGGUGCUGUGCACUUGGGGUCAGCUGAUCGUCGUCUCCUUCGCUCUCUGGGGUUCCCUCUGCCGACUUUGGAGGCUCUUCAGAGUGAGUGGGUUCAGGAGCCAUUGGAGCUUUUCAGUAAUCCCUCUUCGGCCUGCCCCAGUGCCCCCGUUGUUCAGACAAGCGGGGAAGCUCCAUGGCUUGUUGAGGUCUGUGCCGGCUCAGCUGUGCUGUCUGCAGCCGCCUUGCGUGCAGGCUGGAACGCGCUGCCCAUCGACCAGCCUUCGUGCCGCUUUCAUGCUCAUACACCCUUGUUCAUUUGGCCAUGCCUCAAGUCCGGUGUUGCUGGCCUCCUUCGCCAGCCGUGCUAA